UGCCAUCACUUGGAUAACAUCACUCAUCUCUUGUGAUUAUUCUCCGUUUAUUCUCAGGUAGAACAUUCGGUACUUGGAGUUGGAUACAGAACUGGAGACUGGAGAUAAAUGGAGACUCAGGCGAGGCGAGGAACAGAAGUGACUGAAGUCUCUGAAUGAACUUUCAUACUCUUUCCGGAAAAAAGGAUAUUUGAACCUUGAAAUGGCUUCUGAGAGGGUUCUUUCACCAGACCAGUGCUGGGCAAUCUUGCAGUCUGCUGAAGAUGACUUCUUGAUAAUCAUCGCUAACUUAAUGAUUGAUGUCAGAUCUAUGACAAGAGAAGAAGAGCAGCUGGUGGUGCAUUUCCUGGAGGCCAUGGUGAUGCUGCUGUACCUCCAAAAGCCAGAAGUGGUGAAGAAUAUGACUGUUUCUGAUUGGCUGAACCGGACAUACAUUGAGGGAAAUCAUGAACGAACUAUGGUGGAAGUAGACAAGUGCAAUGCCUUCUUUGUUAUGGCAAAUCAGGAGGAAGUGUGGUUUGAUACGUACUACGAAUUCCUGCGUUCAGAGAUGAUCAAGAGGAGGCACACGAGAUGCAGUUUAGAUGAAGCUGAAAAAUUCUUCAUAUCCUCUUCAGGGAAUCCGGUUGACAAUCCCUCUCAGGAUCUAAAGGAGCUGCAUGACGAGUACUGGCUCCCAAGCAUUACCACCGAUAUGGCCAGAUCUUUUGUAUAUGCUGCCAUGCACAAAUGUGAUUUGACAGAUGAUGAAAAACUUUCAAGGCCAGCUGAGCCCAAAUGGAUGAAUGCAAACACAGCUUUUCACUUGCUGAAGAUGUCACAUCCAGUAACGGUGCAUGCAACUCUUCCGGAAAAAGCUGCACGAAUGCGAAUCUCAAGGAAAUAUGAGAGCCAUUGCCUCUCGCUCUGGUGCGCGAAUCAAAAGAAACUCCGUGUGGGUCUUGUGCUCGAUACUUUUGGCCUACGUCAGCCAUCUGAGAGAAAAGUACACAGCUGGAUUGAGAAGCAGGGAUGGAUGGAGAACGUACCAGAUGCUGCUGAACUUGUGAAGGACUGGAAGCCUCCACGAACCAUCCAGGCAGCAACAGACAGCAAAUACAUCCGAAGGAUGAGCCGCAAGCAGUGCUGGAAAGGACUGCAGGUGAUGGACAUAGAAGGCAAGGGUCCCAGGGUCGUCACCACCAGGCCGUUUGCUUGCGGUGAAGUGAUCUGUGACUACCACGGCCGGCUGAUCUCCAGGGAGGAGGGACUGGAAAUCUACCAGAACAGUGAGGGAGAAGCUGGACAUUUGUUUUUCUUUACAGACAAAAAUGGACAGCUCAUGUGUUUGGAUGCUCACGAGGAGCACUGCGAGUGCCAUCCAGACAAAACUACGUUUGGAAGACAAAUUAAACAUUCUGCCAAACGGGCCAAUCUCAGUCCUAGAUUGUACUCUGUGGAGGAUGAACCAGUCAUACUUUUCAUGAGCACACGGAACAUUCAGAGAGGUGAAGAGAUCCGGUAUGACUAUGGAGACAACAAAAGGUCCUACGCUGGGGACGGUCUGGAUUUGAUGCCGUCCUAACUGAAGUUGGACAUUAUUUGGAUUAUGCAAAGGCUUUUUGUAAAAAAAAAAAAAAAAAAUUCUGGAUGGAACUUCAUUGUUUUUCCUUUUUUAUCUAGAAUACAUUCAAAUUAUAAUGACAGAUAAUUGUAUAAGGCAAUUACAUUAAAAAAAGUAUUGAUAAUUGGUCUUGUCUGUGGAAAAAAAAAUGGCACAUUAGCAUUAAUAAGCCAAAAUAAUCACAACAAACCUCGAUUUUUAUUUUCUGUGAAUAAUUCUCAGCUAUUGCUCCAAAUGUAAAAUUGUUGAAAUAAAUGAAGGAAAACCAUAUAUCUGUUUGUGUUCUCAUAAUUUCAUGUUUUCUAAAUGUUCCUUUUUGUGUUUGCUGAAAUUAAGAUGAACAUUUUAAAUUCUGAGGAAAGUUAUAUUUAUAGAUGAAGAAGUUUGUAAACAAACUUUAAGUUGGCUUGAAAAAGCCUAGCCAGAAAGUUUGAAGUAGUUUUAAAAGCUUAAAAUUUUAAGGUUUUAUGUUUUAAAUAGUUUAAGUUUUAAUUCAGUAGUUUUAAAAGCUAGCUAGAUCUUUCAUGGUGGUGAUGUUGCUACAAUCUAUAGAGAGAUUCUUAAUGUUACUCAGAAAACAUUACACAGGUUUAAUUCAUUUGAAGUUCUCGUGCUAACCGUUACACUCUCAGAUAUAAGUAAAAAGUCGCUACUAUCUCUUGCUUUGGCUACCGUUUAUAGACCUCCAGGGCCUUAUGUUGAUUUCCUAAAAGAGUUUGCAGACUUUCUCUCAGACCGAUUGGUCAACGUUGAUAAAGCGCUGAUUGUUGGAGAUUUUAACAUUCAUGUAGAUAAUACAAAUGAUGCGUUAGGGGCUGCGUUUACAGAUUUACUAAACUCGUUUGGGGUCAAACAGAACGUCACUGGACCCACUCACUGUCUUAAUCAUACACUAGAUUUAAUUAUAUCACAUGGAAUCAAUCCUACUGAUAUAGAAAUUCUACCGCAAAGUGAUGAUAUCACUGAUCAUUACCUUGUAACAUGCGUACUGCAUACUGAUGAUAUUUGUCAAAUUGCGCCACGAUAUCGACUAGGUAGAACAAUUCUCCCGACAACUACAGAUAAAUUCACAAAUAAACUGCCUGAUCUGUCUCAGCUGCUCAUUGUACCCAAACACACAAAUGAUCUUGAGAAAAUGACUAGCAGUAUGUGCACCACUUUCACUAGUACAUUAGAUACUGUUGCACCGAUGAGAUUAAAAAAGGUUAGAGAGGAAAAUACUGCACCAUGGUACAACAGUAUUACUCACGCUAUCAAAAGAGAAACUCGUAAUCUAGAACACAAUUGGAGACAAACUCGUUUAGAGGUCUUUAGAAUCGCGUGGAAAGACAGCUCGUCCCGUUAUAGAAAGACUCUAAAAGCAGCCAGGGCCGAGCAUCUCCGCAAACUCAUAGAAAAUAACCAAAACAAUCCAAGGGUCUUGUUUAGUACAGUGGCUAGAUUAACAAAUAAACAGAUGUCACCUGAGCUAAAGUAGUAAUGAAUUUCUUCACUGAGAAUAUUGAAAGCGUCAGAAAUGCAAUUGUAAAAGUAAAUGUACAACCUUUGACAGAGUUUUAUGAUUCAGCCUCAAUUAUCGUCCCUCAAGAACAGUUGCAGUGCUUUACAACUAUAGGACAGGAAGAGCUAAAUAAACUUAUCACAGCGUCUAAACCAACAACAUUUUUAUUAGAUCCAAUACCCACUAAACUACUGAAAGAAUUGUUACCUGUAGCAGAAGAGCCUCUUCUCAAUAUUAUUAACUCGUCUUUAUCUCUAGGUCAUGUUCCAAGACCGUUCAAGUUAGCAGUUAUUAAGCCUCUCAUUAAGAAACCACAAUUAGAUCCAAAUGAAUUGGCAAAUUACAGACCCAUUUCAAAUCUUCCAUUUAUGUCUAAAAUACUAGGCUAAAUAAAUUGUGUCGGCUCAAUUGUGCUUCUGCUAAAAAACGCUAUCUAUGAAAAAUUUCAGUCAGGAUUCAGGCCUCAUCAUAGCACAGAAACUGCGCUCGUUAAAAUUACAAAUGACUUACUUCUAGCUUCUGACCAAGGCUGUAUCUCAAUACUAGUGUUACUUGAUCUCAGUGCUGCGUUCGACACUAUAGAUCAUAAAAUACUCCUAGAUCGACUACAGAAUUACACUGGUAUUCAGGGACAGGCAUUACGGUGGUGUUAGACCCUCUGUUAUUUUCAAUAAAGAUAUAAAAGAUAGAUAUAUCCAGUAUUUUAUAUAAAGAAGUAAAACAUUGGAUGACUAGUAAUUUUCUUCUAUUAAAUUCAGAUAAGACUGAAGUAUUACUUAUUGGGCCAAAAACCUGUACACAGAAUCUCUCAGACUACAAUCUGCAUUUAGAAGGAUGUACUGUUACUCCAUCCUCGACAGUUAAAGACCUGGGUGUUAUAUUAGACAGCAACUUGUCCUUUGAAAAUCAUAUUUCAUAUGUUACAAAAACAGCCUUCUACCUCAGAAACAUUGCUAAGAUACGGAAUAUGUUAUCUGUUUCUGAUGCAGAAGUUAGUUCAUGCUUUCAUGACGUCUAGACUAGAUUACUGUAAUGCAUUACUAGCUGGUUGCCCUGCUUCCUCAAUAAACAAGCUACAAUUGGUACAAAAUGCAGCUACUAGAGUUCUUACCAGGUCAAGAAAAUAUGAUCAUAUAACACCAAUUUUAUCAUCUCUUCACUGGUUACCUAUUAAGUUCCAUAUCGAUUAUAAAGUACUGCUAAUGACCUAUAAGGCUCUAAAUGGUUUAGCUCCUGUGUACUUAACCGAUCUUUUAUCGCCCUACAAUCUACUAUUUAAGGUAAAAAAAAUUAAAAAAAAACUCCCAACUUUUGGUUGUACCUAGGAUAAAGCUAUAAUGCGAAUUGAAUUAAAAUCCAUCCAUGAGUAUUGCAUUUGGUCACUGCAUCCUCUCUUUCACAAUCUCCUCUCUUUAUUUUAUUAUAUCCAGGAAAAUGAUACCUUUUACAUUUUAAUAUAGUACAGCUAAAAGUGAAUAUUUUUCCACUUUCACUGUAAAAUAUUCCUGGCUCAUUACUCUGGCCUUUUAACUUAACUAAAUUUAAAAUUUUCACUUAGAAUUUUAGUAGAGACCCAAAGGGACCGUUAAAGCUUAUUAUAGGGCGGUUCAUUAGCACACACGUUCAGUCAUCAGUUACAGUGAAAAGCAGUCUGAAAAUGGCUUUUUUGUCAUAAUACCGGUGAUUUGCACCUUGUAGACCUGGAGACAUUUUUGCCAUGCCAUUAACUUAACCAACAAUGAUCUUUGGCUGUUAGCAUAUGUAUUUGCAGACAUGAUGGUUGAGGUUAAAUGGGUGCUGCGUAACAAAGCAUCAAUAGCUGUGGUAAUUUGGUCUGUACCUGAAAUUAUCUGUCAGAAUCUACAUGACUGAACUACACUGUAAAAUGUUUUCUCAGGUAAUCGAAAAAGUGCUUCAUUUAAUUACUAAAUGGAAAAAAAAAAAAAAAAUAUAUAUAUAUAUAUAUAUAUAUAUAUAUAUAUAUUCAUUGACUGAAUCAACGUAACUUAUGUUU